CUGGACAUUCCCUUGCAGCUUGGCAGCCUUAUGAAUCUAUUUAGUUCACCUAUCGGAUCUCAUAGCAGGUAUGUGUUCACAUGCAGGGUACAAUCCAGAGCGGCGCCAACUGUGGUGGUAUGGCAACGGUUUUUAAGUAACUUUGGGUGAAUCGCAUAAUCAUAAGAUCAAAUAGCUCAAUAUCCUACACUCUAAUCACUCCUCUUUUACUUGAUGAUCAUUGAUAAAUAGGUCAUCAUAGCAAUGUCUCACAACAGAGGUACAAUCUUAGUGACCGGAGCGACCGGCGGACUUGGUUGUGCAAUCGCAUCCCGGAUUGCCUCCAGCCGUGAAUUUGGAGCUUAUCACGGUAUUUUCACCGUGCGGGACACCAAGACUGCGACCGCGCUUCAUGCUGCCUUGAAGUCCGCGAAGCAAACGCCGAUGUCGUCGCAUCUGCAUGAAGAUAUAAAGAUAUCAUUGGACCUUUCGCGACUUGAUAGGGUGCGCGAGGCUGCUGCACAUAUUAAUGGGCUUGUCGAGGCCGGAAGUAUUCCCCCCCUGGCUGCAAUCAUUCUCAACGCCGGCUACGAAGAAUUUGGUGAACAGACAUGGACAGACGACGGAUUGGACACGUCUUUCGUCGUAAAUUAUCUUGGCCAUUGGCUUCUAACGCUCUUGAUUCUUCGGAGUAUGGAUCGGGAGAAGGGUAGAAUUGUUUGGAUUAGUAGCUGGGCUCAGAAUCCUGAAGAUAGACGCAAUGUCAUGAAUAGGUCAUUCCGUGACGACAAAUACAAGACUAUGGUCGACACAGACCUUGAGCCGCUUGCGAAGGGCACUUGGAGUCCAAAUAAAAAUGGUGAGUCCAUAUGGAAAGCUGGCUAUCGUCGUUAUGGUGCAUCCAAGGUAUGCGGCGUUGCCAUGAUCCAUGAACUUCAGAAAAGACUUGAUCAGGACCCGAGGCUGAGUAAGAUUUCUGUCCUGGCUAUAGAUCCUGCUGCAAUGGCCACUGGAAUUGUUCGUCACACCUCGUGGCUAGUCCGAGUGUUAGUAUUCCGGAUAUUUGCAGGUGUGUUGGCUCCUUUUUUGGUACGCAUACACCCCAACGGUACUUGGCGUACACCACAGAAGUCUGCUCGCGAUGUUCUUGCAGUCGCCUUAGACAAUGGUCCGCCGCCACUGUCCGAGCGACCCAAGGGGCUCUACUUCAAUGGCUCGGAGCUUGGGGAUUAUAGUUCGGAGGCAAAGGAUCUCAGUAAGGGUCAAGUGAUAUGGGAAGGUAGUGUCCGUUUUUCACAGUUGAAGGAAAAUGAAACAAUUCUUCAGAUUUAGCAGUGCUGAGGUAUCCACCCCUAUUCUCCCCUCAACCCCUUUUCAGCUAGUAUUAUAAUCGGAAUAUCCAUCUAUUCCUGAUUUUAAAUCUUGCUACCAAGGGGUUUUAUUCAUAUCUGGUUUGGAAAACGACUUGAAUGGCCACGUUAUUGUCAGACCUUUUUUUUCGGUUGAUCUUAAGCACAAGCCAUAUUUAACGGAGAAGCUAUUAAACACC